ACCCUUUAAUGGCGUUGAAAGCUAGGGUUUAAGGGAGGGCUGAGAGGGAGAGCAGCCCCCAAAUUGAGCAAAGAAAAGCAUGAUUUUGCACACAAAUUUAGGAUUUUUGAUCCAAUUUUAGUUUAUUGGGAGCUAAAGGUUCAUCAAAAUUGUUUCUUUUCCGAUUUAAAAACUUUUUUUUUUUCUGUCUAUCUAUCGAUUGGUAGCCAUGGGAGAGGCCGAGGAUAAGCUCAAGGGGUAUACUGUGAUCAAGGAAGGGGAAGCUGAGAUUCUCAUGCAUUCCAGUAACGCUGUGUUCUAUAACAAGGCUCAGGUCAACAAUAGGGAUAUGUCCAUUGCUGUUUUAAGGACCUUUAUUUCAAAGCGCAAAGAAGAACAUGCAGCAUCACUGAACAAAAAGGUGAAAUCUGUAUCAAAGGAGCAUGAGAGCACGCCUUCAGAAUCUGCAGAGGAGGAGACAAGCAAUGCUGGAGAUGGGAAACAGAACGGCGAGCACCAUGCACAUUGUAUGGAUGAACCUGAAGGCACUUCAAAAGAAACAGUGCAGGUGUCAUCUUGGAAACGGCAUGAAGAACUCAAGGCACCUAAAGUUCUUGAGGCCUUGGCAGCUUCUGGACUUCGAGCUCUCCGAUAUGCACGUGAAAUAGAUGGCAUUGGUCAAGUUGUGGCUUUGGACAAUGACAAAGUGUCUAUUGAGGCUUGUAGUAAGAAUAUUCAAUUCAAUGGCUCUAUUGCUUGCUCGAAGGUGGAAGCUCAUCUUGCUGAUGCCAGACUCUAUAUGCUUAGUCACCAAAAGGAAUUUGAUGCGGUUGAUCUAGAUCCUUAUGGAUCACCCUCUGUCUUUUUGGACUCAGCAGUGCAGUCUGUUGCUGAUGGAGGCCUAUUAAUGUGCACAGCUACUGAUAUGGCAGUUCUUUGUGGGGGCAAUGGAGAGGUCUGCUAUUCAAAGUACGGUUCUUACCCUUUGAAGGGAAAAUAUUGCCAUGAGAUGGCUCUUAGAAUCCUACUUGCCUGCAUUGAGAGCCAUGCAAACCGUUACAAGCGCUACAUUGUUCCCAUCCUUUCUGUACAGAUGGAUUUCUAUAUCCGUGUUUUUGUUCGCAUUUACACCUCUGCAAGUGCGAUGAAGAACACACCUCUUAAACUCUCCUAUGUGUACCAGUGUGUUGGUUGCGAUUCAUUUCAUCUACAGAGUGUUGGAAGGACUGUGACUAAGAAUAACAGCCUGAAAUAUGCACCGGGGUUUGGUCCAAUUGUUCCACAAGAAUGCAGUGAUUGUGGAAAGAAAUUUAAUAUGGGCGGGCCUAUAUGGUCUGCACCUAUCCAUGACCAAGAAUGGGUAUCAUCUAUCUUAGCAAAUGUUAAAGCUUCAAAGGAAAGAUAUCCUGCUUAUGAAAGGAUUUCUGCUGUUCUCACAACAAUUUCAGAGGAGCUUCCCGAUGUCCCGCUUUUUGUCAGUCUGCAUAACUUAUGUGCCACUCUCAAAUGUACCUCGCCUUCUGCAGUUAUAUUUAGAUCUGCUGUGAUUAAUGCUGGGUACCGUAUUUCAAGCAGCCAUGUUAAUCCACUAGGUCUGAAAACCGAUGCUCCUAUGGAUGCCAUUUGGGACAUCAUGCGAUGCUGGGUAAAGAAUCACCCGGUGAAAGCACAACCUCCAGAUCAAUCUGGGACUGUUAUCCUUUCGAGAGAACCAAGUUUGCAAGCAAAUUUUGCUCGCGCGGUUGCUUCUCUCAGCAAAGCGCAAGCAAAGAAGGUAGCGAGGUUCCUUCCGAAUCCUGAGAGGCAUUGGGGCCCGAAAGUGAAGGCCGGGAGGCAGAUCAAGAGCAAGCAUGCUUCUUUGUUAGGCCCUGAGCAACUCAACGAACAUCUAAAACACAUCGAGAACAGAGGGACUGAUGAGCAAAUCAACAAUGAUGAAGAUGAACAAAAAGCAAAGCGCCCAAAGCUCAGUGAGGAUGAAACUACGGCCAUGUCAUGAAUUCUGUUGUCAAUUGAAAAUGUGUUAUGUAUGCCAUGCACUUCUUGCAGUGCUUCUCCAUUUUGUCUUUAUAGGCUUUCAAUUGUGUAUCAGAACUUCCAUUUUGAGAAUUUGCUAAUUUAUUUUUUUUCA